AUGUCUUCUGCUGUUGUAUUAGUUACGGGCGGAAGUGGAUUCCUCGGCCAGCAUGUGAUCAAACAUUUACAGCUUCAUUCCUCAAACCUGAAAGAAAUACGUGUUUUAGACCUCGUUCCAUUUAGAAAAAAGCUUGGCACGGAAGUAGUAUUAGAGGCAUGUAAAGUCAACAGUGUUCCGAUUCUAAUAUACUGCAGUUCAAUUUCAAUUUAUGUUGGGCAUGAUGAAGUCAAGAAGGGAACAGAAACAACAGUACCUAUACCUCAUAAGUUUAUGUUUGAAAAGUAUGCAAAGACAAAGCUUAAAGCUCAGAAUAUGGUGCUCGGCGCCAAUGGAGACAUUUUGAAGAAUGGAAAAGAACUAAAGACAUGUGCUAUACUGCCAUUAGCAAUGUAUGGAGAAUUAGACAUCAACCUUGUAUACCAGUACGUGACGCACGUGAAGGGUACUCUAAUACCACGUAUUCCAAAGCUCGGUAAAAUGGAAGCUGAAAUUCAAGUGUCGUACGUCGGUAAUGUAGCAAUGAUGUUCGUCAAGGCACUCGAAGUCAUGCGCAAAGGGGUAGAUAUAGGUGGAGAAUAUUUCUAUGCAGCAGACGACACCCCUCUGCAGACGUUACCAAGUUUGUUGCAACCUUACCUAGAUGGAACAGGACAUUCGUUUUCCUCGUGGUAUAUUCCAUUAUGGCUGGUGUUGGUCCUCGUUAUUAUUGUGCAAAUUGUGAUGGGCAUUAUAAGACCGUGGAAAAAGGUAAACACAUAUUUCAACAUAGAAGGAAUACGUUUCCUGAAUAAAACCUUUCACGUGACCUAUGACAAAGCCAAACGAAUCCUGGGAUACAAACCAAUAUAUAACCUUCAGUCUUCUAUCAACAAUUCAAACGUUUAUUAUAACAGCGUGCUGAACAAAUAACUGAAAUGUUUCCAAAGAACCAAGGAACACCAUGAUCUAUUGAAAGACAUUAAAUCAAUAGACCCUAUACUGACUCCACAGAAAUCCUGCUUGUAUUUAUAAAAAUGAAAUCCUUCUGGAAAUAUAAAAAAAUGUUAUUUUCAAAAACAACAAAGUGUUCAUUUUAAAA